UUGUGUUUUUGAAGAUAAAUAGAAAACGAAGGGCUGCAUAUAUUUAUAUAGCAAGCUAUAUCGUCUAAGCCGGAAGAGGAUUAGGGAGGAUGGUGGCGCGGGAGAGCGGUUUUGUUUGAAUUCCUUUCUCAUAGCCAGCAUCAUAGCAUGCUGGCUAACAUACUUAUACACUAAUAUAUUACUCCUUGUAGUUCGCUUUUCGGUCACGAAUGGUGCCAGUUAUCGUAGCUGUUUUUAAAGUCUCGAGCUCAAUGUGAUCAGCUAGCAUUCGCUAACAGCUCCCGUUUGCUUCAUCAACAAAGGCAACUAAUUGACCGGAUACAGUUGCUAAUUUUCCAUCUAUUCGGCGUCUUGGCUAAGUUCUGAUAUUUGUUUUUCGCUGAGCUGAAAAUGGAGCUACAGCUGGCCCACGGAGAACAGAGUCCUGUUACCAAAAACCCUGGUCGCAGCGGGAAAAAUUGCAGAAGUAGACAGUCUCGUUCGCUCCUGGAAAUAAAACCGAAAACCUCCCGGGGCGGCAUGGAUUCCUCUGCAGAGCAAUUGACCGUGCUUUCCCCUGUGACCGACUUGGCCCUCAAUAUGACCCACCUCGCCGUUCUCGGAAGCCAAUGCGAUACUCCAAAGAGAAAGAGAAUCAUGCCCAUCACGAAAAUCCCAUCGUUUGCCUCCGAUACGUCCUCGGAUGCAGGACUUGGAAUGGACUUCUCCAGCCCGGUGGACCCAGAUGACAUUGUGGAAGUCUUUGAAAAACCUCUCAUGGGUGAGGAUUCUGUUUCCAAUAUCAACAAGAUGCCAAUCCGAAGAAUCAACUCGCUUCCAAUGUUAUCAUUCAGUCCUAUUGCAAAAGGAGGAGACCCAGAGCACUGUAGUCAUCAGACCGUGGCCAUUGCUGGGCAAAGCAACAAGGAGAACGUGCCUGAUGAGGUCUUUGAGUUUAAGAAGCCUACCCGGCCUGUUUCCCGGUGCUAUUCACGGCCCCUACCUGGUGCCCGAGGCCGGGAAAUGUUCUCCCGCCGUCCCAACUCUGCUCCAGCACUCAUGCUGUCCCCUGAGCCUACAAGGCAGCUGUACCCAACGGAUGAUUGCAGUCCUGUGAUACUCCGCCAUUCCUCUCUCACUUGUUCCUUCAAUGAUGAUGACGAUGGCUUCCUUGAGAUCCUGGACAGUGACCUGGUGAGUGACUCGGACAUGCCCUUGGGGAUGGCCAGCCUGCUCACCGCUCCCCUGGUGGGUGGAGAAGCAGUGGACAAUUCUGCCUCGCCCAUGACCUGUCGUCCUCGUGGCUUAUUCCGCUCGCCCUCGCUCCCGUCAAGCACACGCCCUGUCCUGAAGCGAGUAGGUCGCCCUGGUGAUGACAUCACACCUGUUAGGGUGAAAAGGAGGCGCAGUGUGGCCGGGUCACCCCAGGCCUCUGAGGAGGAAGAGCAGCUGGCUUGUCGGGUGGUUCAGAGGUCAAAGUCCUUGAGCCAGGUUGAGAUAGAGAAAUUGUUGGAUGACGAUGCACAGGAGCUGAUAGGGGAUUUUAGUAAGCCAUUUGUCCUGCCAACUGUGGAAGGAAAACACCAAGACCUCAAAUACAUCACGGUGGAAGUGAUGGCGACAGCACUGGACGGGCAGUUUGAGCAUGUUGUGGAACGCCUCAUUGUCAUCGACUGCCGCUAUCCAUACGAGUUUGAGGGCGGACACAUCAAGGGAGCCAUAAACCUACAUCAGGAGGAGGAGCUGAACGAGUUCUUCUUGAAGCAGCCCAUUACCCCUUCCUGCCUGGACAAGCGCGUGCUGCUGAUCUUCCACUGCGAGUUCUCCUCUGAGAGAGGGCCGCGCAUGUGCCGAUACUUACGGGAACGCGACCGUCUGCUCAACCCCUACCCUAGCCUGCAUUACCCUGAGCUCUAUGUGCUCAAGGGUGGCUACAAGGAGUUUUACAAGGAAUUUCAGGCCCAGUGUGAGCCUCAGGCUUACAGACCCAUGAUUCACGAAGACUUCAAGGAGGACCUGCGGCGCUUUCGCCUGAAGAGCCGCACCUGGGCCGGGGAGCGCAGCAAGCGCGACCAGUACAGCAGGCUGAAGAAGCUGUGAGUGUCUGCCCACUGCUGCUUGUGCAGACUGCAGCCUGGGUCGUGCCCCGGCCGCAUCGAAUCUACCUGUAUUUAUUAUGCUGGAAUCCCUCCCCCCCCCACCCCAUUUUGUGGACUCGCCAUCCCAGUCUCGGCACGAAUUGGUCAGAGCACAAUGGGUCACUGCCAAUCUAACUUUAACCGUUCCCCUCAUUGCUAACCUGUAAGUGCUGACUAUAUUAAUGUCAAGUGUUCAGGUUUAGACUAUUAAAUGGAGACCUGGUUCUUGCUUUUGGUUGAAGCACUUAAUUUCAAAUGAUGUUUAUAUAAAUAUGGUGGAAGAUGACUGUUUGGUCCUGCCCCGAUAUCUCAGAAUUUAAGGGAAGCUGUGUUUGUGAGUUGUUGAACUGCCAUCAGAAUUGUAGGUUGUACCUUUUAAUGUGUUUGGGAAUGUUCCUGUCUCUCAAUUAGGCUGUCUGUCACAUCAGGCUCAAAUGGUUUCAUUUGGAAGUUUAAAUUUUUUAAGUUUUAUUUUUAAAAAUUGUAAUCAAGACUUUAUGGGCAUCACCCUGUAUGUUUGUGACCAAGGUUCAGGAUGUACAUUGCAGCUCGGAUCAGUCUGAUCCGUCAAGAUACCAUGUCUGUUGCUCCUGAAGUUGUCAUAUGAUGUUCUGCCGUUACAGUCCAUGGGUUUUAACUGUCACUGCCACCCAAUUGUUUUAUAUAUAUAUAUAUAAACUUGAAUUUUACCUAU